UGACGAUACUGAUAGUCUUAUCAACCCCAUUAAGAACGAAGCGCGUCCUCCGACCACCCAGUACAUCAUCCAUAUCUUUCGACCAAUCAACCUGAUUCAAUAAGUUACCAUGGCGACGACCGUGACCCGAAAUGUCCUAACUCCGGUCAAGCAAACCGCCCCCGCCGCCACGGUCCAAGCGAGCCCCGGCAACUGGAGGCAUCCUCUACUGGCCGAGAUAACGAAGCGGCGAAGUAGGACUGUCUUUGGCGAAGAGAACGUGAGGCAAAUCGCAUACAACUCUUUGGCUCUCUUCCUUAUCGAGGGCCUACGGGCGGUUUUGCACCCUUACUUCCGCGUGGAUUUCCUCACCUUGAGUUCGAAAAGCUACGGCAGCUGGAUCUACGCCGUCCUCCUCCUGGUCCCUCUGUUCAACAUCGUCGUGGCAUUACUGCCGCUCUUCCGCCCGGCAGAUGACCUCUCCGACAUCCCCCUGACGCCUUCCCAGAGGAAGCUUCUCGGACUGCCGCCGAUCGCGAAAGCGACCCCGGGGGCCACCGCUAUCAGCACACCUCCCAAGUAUUCUAGGACGCCAUCAAUGGCAGGAACGCCGGCUAGCAUGAAGACGGGUGGCUCUGCGCUGUCGGUGGCCAAUAACGGUAGCCCGGGAAGAACUCUCAACGCGCCGUACUCGCCUUCGCCCGUCAGCCCUCUGUUUCAGAAGUCUACGAUGAACGUUCCCAGCCCGCUCGGCGCCAGCACGAUGAGCAACCCCUUUGCAUCGAGCAUCAGCAGCAGCGCUUUUGGAUCUAGCACAGGCAGCAGUGUGUUUGGUGAAGGUCCGGCCACGCCGACCCCGGCGUCUGGAAAGCGGUCGAAUGUGUCGAGUGUUGCGUUGACCAACAAGUGGCUGUAUGAGAAGCGAAGGAGGCUGGAUUGCUGACUUCUGCUGGUAUGUUCUCCUUAGGACUUGACUUUUGUUUGCUCACUCGCGCUUCCUCCUCAAUCAGUGGUGGUUUCCUCCUAUGUCGACUAGAGGUAGCAGCAGCGUGAUGCAGCAGGGUCUGUGAUCACCACCACUUCACUUUGGCGGGAUUCUUCCUCCGGUCUUUGUGAGGAGUUUUCUUCCCUUCUGUAUAAGGUUCUUGUAUGUUAGCUAUGGACUGGACGUUGAGAAUGGUCUGCGUGGCUCUUUAUUUUCAUGAGUCGGCACGGUGAUGUUCAGUCAGUCAAUGAUGGGGGUUUCCGUUUUGGGGCGCAUUUUUCUUAGCGAGAAGAGAACUACUGAUCCAAGAUACCCAUUUGUUUUUUUUCCAGCCCUAGAAGUCUACUUCUCAGUCUGUUGAUAUUCCGAUCAUGAUCAUGAGGGCGUGACA